AUUUGUAGUCAACUUUUCAAAAACAUUAUCAUAUGGCCUACCGCCAGCAAGAAACCCACAUGCCAAAAUUACCCAAAAAUGGUCCCAAUAAAUAUGCAGCUGAUUUUACUUGCGACAAAGUAGAAACUUCGAUUAUGUAAAAUAUUUUUACUAGUUACUUAUUAUUCUUUGCUUAUUCAAAGGCGAAACAUUUGGCUUUGGAUCCAAAGAUUCUUCCCUCCUGUAAUUAAUUCUCCCCCCCACCCCUCUGUCCCUGAUAAAAUAUCAUCGUCAAAAAAUUCACAAUUUCACAAAAAAAUAAAAAACAAAAAAAUAAUGGGCACUGAGAAUUCGGUCGUCAAGAUCAGGUUGCUUCUUCUUGCUUGGUUUCACAUCCGAUCCAAACCCGGUCCGCCGUCGCUUGUGAAACGGCUCUCGUACAAAGAUAUAAAGAAGGCAACCGAUGGUUUCAAAAGGCUCGUCAAUUACUCGUCUCAAGGGGCUUCUUACAUGGCCAAGUUUCAAAACGGCCGUUUUGCUAUGGUCAAAGAAGUCAAACUUUUCGAAGAAGACGAUGAUUCCUUCUAUAGGGAAGUUCAGCUUUUGGCCCGCCUUCAUCACCGCCACAUUGUUCGCCUUUGUGGCUUUUCCGUUGGAUCUAAGCGGUUCUUAGUUUUCGAAAACUUUGAGAAUGGAAGCUUAAAGGAGCAUUUGUCUGAUCCUUUAAAGACUCCAUUGAAUUGGAGAACGAGGCUACAAAUAGCAAUCGGGAUAGCGGCUGCAGUGGAAUAUUUGCAUUUUUUCUGCGAUCCACCAGUUUAUCACGUCUCGAUAAGCUCAAGCACUAUAAUGCUGGACGAAAAUCUAAUCCCAAAGAUUUCAGACAUUAGCCUGUUUAAUGUUGCUGCAAAUCGUGUCACGCUGCCAACUUCUUCUCGUUGUUCAAAAGAAUGUACGGAAGAGGGGUGCAAAAAAAUAAUGUUCCAACUCGGGUUAGUGAUUCUUGAGCUGAUUACGGGUCAGUCGUCGAACAAGGGUGGUGUGGAUUUAGUCGAAUGGGUUAAAGAAUCUGGUUUUCCGAAAUCGAUACAUAAGAUGAUCGAUCCCGAUCUUGGUAAUAACUACGAUCAAAGGGAGGUUAACGGGCUUUUAAACGUUGCGAGAUUAUGCAUAAAUUCUGUAGAUAAGCCUAGAAUAUAUACACCUCAAAUUUUGUGGUAUUUGCAGAAGAAGAUAGGUAUCAUUAAAAAAGAAAAUAAUUUUUUUGGUUGAUUUUCGUGUUAUAUAUAUCUUUUUUUAUUCAUUA